AUUUCUAUACCAAGAACGGUAACCCCGAGCUACACUCGGGCUUACCAUGCAGCGUUCUCUGGGGGUCCCUGCAGCACUUACCUUGUCCUUCGUUCCCACGAUGUGUCCCCUGCAGCGUCCCCGGCCAUCUCCUCCGGCCGAUGCUGGCAUCCGGCUUCUGUGUUCCGGUCCCCGUGACGUCGGGACGUAUGGGCGCCGGCGGCGGAAAUUUAAAAAAUUUAAAAAAUGUCAUUUUUUUUUUUUUCAAUUUUAAAUAUGCUUUGUCCUGUCCCCUGUCUGCAUUUUGUCUGUUCUUUCUG